AUGGCGACGCACUUUUCAUCUCCCCUUGCAGCGCACAUUGCCGAGGGCGUCGUCAUCGCCCUCGAGUACUUCAACCUGCCGGCAGGCUGUCCGUUGGAUGACGCCCGUGCCGUAGCCGCCAAGGCAGCCGACUGGUCCCUGACCUGGUACCAACUCCAGGAAGCUGUCAUCCCCGGAAGCAGGCGCCCGGUGCAACAAUUCAGUGACAUUCCGCAGCGUCGAAACGUGGACCUGCGCCACCCGCACAUCUGGAACCUCCGGGCCCCAGGCUUCAUCCGAUUGUCGACUAUCCCCACGGCCGUCAUCGAGAGUGUGCCCGAUUACAGGCCCUUGCAAGUGCGUCUGAACCCAUGGCCCUCACAGCCCGGACCGAACCCCCAGGGCGUCCUAAGGGAGGUCUUGACCGCCAGGGCAGUGAGGAACUUCAGGCCCACGAUGGGUAGGGGCCAGAGACGACGGGUGCGGCUGGCGAGCCUGUCCAGCCGAGGGAGGGUCAUCUACAACUGGCUGCCUGAGUUCUUGAUCACGCUGGGCGCUCGUUUCCCACAUAGGUUAUUGGUCUUAUGCGCUAUGAUCUUCGGAGGCCCUACUCCGUAG